AGUAUAUUUCAUAUUUGCUGUUCCUAUUGGAUUGUUACUACAAUUAUUACCAUUAUCAUAACAAAUUAAAAAUUCAAAAAAUACUUUAUUGUUGCUAGAGGGAAAAUAAAUAAACAGCUGUACAUGUGUUUGUUGUUAUUAUAUUUCUUAGCUUGGUCACUAUUGUUGUCCUGCUACAUUUCAUGGUUUCACUACUUCCUAUUGAUGUUUUAACUCAAGGAAAAUGAAAUGUCGUAACUCAGAGUUGUGGGCGGCGAUACUGUUGCCGUCUAGUAGCAGUCAGUCUCGGGGCGAAUCUGAAGAGUCCUCUGACUGAAGGCUGUCUGUCCUGACAUGCUAACAGCUCAACAGAUGAUAUUAAACAGCAAUGAGUCCUGGAUGAAACCAUCAGUUGUUGGCAGCGCUGCUAAUUCAUAAAACCCUGAAAAUAUUCAAACCUGAUUCUGGCUGAAAUACUAAUUUCAGAGAGUCAGAGUAAUAGGUUCAAUUAAAACAUGACUUUAAACCGGAUUAAUCUGCAGAGAUUUAAACCAGCUAAUGGCUCUUAGUUUCCAUGGUGACGGGAUCUCACAUGAUAACAGAAAUCAGUUGGAUCAGCACGGGGUUCUGUUUUCAGUGAAUGGGAAUGGAUGACGUGUCCUCAUAAAGAUAGCAGCGGAAGCCAGGGUUUGUGUGUGUGUCUGUGCGUGCGCGCGCGUGUGUGUGUGUGUGUGCUUCCUCCCUGCAGCUUCAUCCUCUUCCUCACGGCCUGCUGACCCCGCGGCUCCCGGCUGGAGGCGGACACAUUCCUCUGUCCUCCCCCAGGACCGGAGCGUGACGGAGGGACAGAGGGCGGGCCGGGCCGGGGGGAGCGGCCCGGGUCGGCUUUAUUUAGGAGGACCGGCAGCGGGACGGGACGCUCCAGCUCUCGGGCUCAGCAGCCGGUUCUGGAGCGAUAGGAGGUUCUGGAGUAGAUCACUGGAUGUUUGUGUGCUCUCAGCUGUCACUCCGGUUCUGUUGGACCCGAUUAAAAAAGAGGAAGAAUGUUGGGUUGGAGAGGAUCGGAACCGCCGUCUUCGCCUCGGAGCUGAGCAGAACCAGAACCCGCCUAUUGGGGGAGAAUGCGGCCCUCCGGUUCCGGUAGCAGCCAACGCUGGGCCGGGGCUGCGCAGUGACAUGGGUCCCCGGGCUCCAGGGCCCAGGUGAGGGGCGCCGGGGCGGGCCAUGGCCCGGCAGGACGCGGUGAGGUGUCUGCGCUGCCUGCUGUACGCCCUCAACCUGCUGCUCUGGCUGAUGUCGGUGUGUGUGCUCGGCGUGGCAGCGUGGAUCAGAGACACCCUGAGCUCCGUCCUGACCCUGACAGCCCACACCAGGUUGGAGGAAGCCGCCGUCCGUUCGUACUCUGCAGCCGUCCACCCCGUCUUCAUCUCCGUCUGCUGCCUCCUCCUCAUCCUCAGCAUGGUGGGCUACUGCGGCGCGCUGCGCUGCCGCCUGCUGCUGCUCUGCUGGUACUUCUGCAGCCUGCUGGUGAUCUUCUGUGUGGAGCUGGCCUCUGCAGUUUGGACCUACGACGAGCCCUCAGUCCAGCGAGCCGACAUGAUCAGCCUGAAGUCCCGGAUGCCGGACUACAGCCUGCAGCGCUACCAGUGGCUCACACACACCUGGGACAGCUUCCAGACACAGUUUCAGUGCUGUGGGGUGAUCUACUUCACCGACUGGCUGGAGAUGACAGAGAUGGAGUUUCCUCCAGACUCCUGUUGCACCAAUCAGUUCCCCGGCUGCGCUGGCCACGCCCACCAGCAUGACCUCAGUGAUCUGCACCAGGAAGGAUGCGGUCCAAAGGUCUACCGCUUCAUCCGGGGAACCAAGCCGCUGCAGGUUCUGCGUUUCCUGGGGGUUUCUAUCGGCGUGGCGCAGAUCCUGGCCAUGGCGCUCACCCUCACGCUGCUCUGGGCGCUCUACUACGGCCGUCACCAUCAGCAGCCAGACGCAUACAGAACCCCUGGGCCGCCUGGAGACUCCGGUUCAGUCGUAGCCACCAACGGAACCAGCGUCGGCGACCGGGUCGGACCCAGAGACCAGAGAGCUGCUGAGGCCGGGCUGGAGGACCUGGAGCCGCCUGGCGCCGCAGGGAAAGGAUUAUACGGACUCCACCAUACAGAACCACAGAAUCUGGAGUAAUCUGGGAUGUAGCCAGAGCUGGAGGCAGCUUGGUGUCCCUGGAGACGGUCUACUGCCAAUGGGCUCCAUUGGUCUACCG